AUGUUGGGUAUGGUGCUUCUGGUACUGUUGUGUUUGGGUAAGUUGGAGGCUUUACUUUUACGAUUUCAAACUUGAAUCUAAAGGAUUCGGGCCGGAGGUACAAAUUUAUGUUUUAGGUCCAAAAGUAAAUGAAAAAGCUUUUUUUAUAUUUUUGAGUGAACAAUGAGGUCAUGUAGCUUAGCAAAAUAUGCAAAUAAAACAGAUUUUAUAAUUCUAUAAACUUUUUGACCAAUACAUAACCAAAAACACAAUUUUUUAGUUUCGGUUGCAAGUUCACAGAGCUCCACCCAAUGUUACGAGUGUAGAAACUACCAAGCACCAAGCCAAGAUCAGAGUUGCUUUGCUGUCGAUGAAAACACCCCCCUAAGCAACUGUCAAUUAAACAGUUGUUUCGAAUUGUGGGGCUCGAUAAAAACAGAUCACUUCAGUAAGGCGUUGAGUUUUUGGGUCGGAGUGGUAGUGAGACUAGCAUUAUGAAUUUUAGGGUAUUGGUGGGCUAUGGUUGGGAAUGUGAAGGUUGAGGGAAAAGUAAAAGAUUUGGCAGGGUAGGGUAGGAUAGAGUACGGCAGGGUACGGUAGGGUACGAUAGAGUACUGUAGAGUACGGUAGAGUAGGGUAGGGUAGGGUAGAGUAGGGUAGAGUAGGGUAGGGUAGGGUACGGUAGUUAAGUACAAUAAAAAAUAAUUUUUAUUUCUUAGUAUUCCCCGCAGUAAUUCGCAGCUGUAAUUUCACGCUUCCGGUAGGUUUUAUUAAUAUUAAAGAGUUGUAUUUAUUUUGCCUGUAAAAAUGUUUUAUCCUUAUUGCAUGUCUUUCCUCCCGCCCCCCCCUCCCCCCCCUCCCUUCACGCUAUAAAAUUAUAUUUUUUUACCUUUCAGCCGGGAGAAACAUGCAUUCAACGUGUGAAUUAUCCCUAUGAUGACAACCUAAAAAUGGACGGGACUUUGUGUGGAUGCAAUGGGACGAAAUGCAACCACGGUCUGAAUCCCUUCACCGAUGGCCCUACGACGCCAACUACCACUAUAGCCACUACAACCACUGCUACUCCAAAGACCACCACUACCACUACGACCACUAGUACACAUACGACCACCACUACCACUAAAAUCACCACUACCACCGUUACUACGACCACCAAGUUCAAAUCGACUACUGACCCCGAUGCUCCAGUGGCAUCAACUAACGGCUGGUCGCUCUCUGUUCUCACUCUACUGACUACUUGCUGUGCUUUUUACGUGUUGUAG